AUGACGAAAGCAUAUGACAAAGUUCAAUUUGACAUACUAUUAGAUAAACUAUACAAUAUUGGAAUUCGCGGUGACACUCAUGUGUGGUUCAAAUCAUAUUUAUUCAAUAGACAACAGCAAGUUGAAAUAGAACAUUUCGAUCACAAAUCUUGCGAAAUUCAACACAUUAGAUCUGAAAGUAGAAGGCUGAAAGCGUCAAUUCCUCAAGGAAGCGUGAUAGGAUGCCUUCUAUUUUUGAUCUACAUAAAUGACCUUCCUAAAGUGAUGCAUGAGCCUUGUAUUUUGUUUGUUGAUGACAUUUCGAUAUUGAUAUCAGGUGAAAAUAAAUUAGAAUUAAAUACAAAGCUCCAAAUGACUAAAGAUAAAGCGGAUAGCUGGUUAAGACUUCAUAAUCUGGAAAUAAACUAUGAAAAAACUAAACUAAUGACAUUCCACCCCUAUCAAAAAACUCUCUUUUGA